CAAGCUUUGGGAUUUGCCUAGUGUAGGUAUUAGAAUUGCCUUCUUAGUAUUGUCCUUGGUUAAUUGAUGUCCUUUUGCCAGUGUCCUGAAGACGAGCAGAGAAUUAUAGCCAUCUGGCAAGGGAGACUGGGGAGAGCUGACGUUGUCCCUCUCCACUGUCUACACACACACACACACACACACACACGCACGCACACACGCGGUGAUACAAAUACCUAUUCGAGCUCCUCAGUGAUUCUCUCCCGGGAGCUGGAAGCAGCCGUACAGGAUGAAGGAGGGAACUGGAGGAGGAGAUCUUGUAAGGAAGAAGACAGAUUCUGUUCUGUCAAGUCCCUCUGAGUGUGUGUAAGAGCAAGUCAGAGGAGAGAGAGAGAGGAGAAGGCAGAGGGAGAGAGGGGGAGAGGGGAUCUGUUGCAGGCAGGGGAAGGCGUGACCUGAAUGGAGAAUGCCAGCCAAUUCCAGAGUCACACAGGGACCUCAGAACAAAGAUAAGGCUGAUACCACACUGGGGACGAGCUCGCGGACAGUCAGGCCAAGGGGACCAGGCAGCCAAGAGCACUCAAGGCAGGAAAAUGAGGUGGCUCCUUCUUUCUCAUGCUCUGUGCUUCUCCUUGCUGAAGGCCUCAGCCCACCUUGUGGAGCUUAACAACAUGUUUGGCCAGAUCCAGUCUCCUGGCUAUCCGGACGCCUAUCCAAGUGAUUCAGAGGUGACUUGGAAUAUCACUGUCCCAGAGGGAUUUCGAAUCAAGCUUUACUUCAUGCACUUCAACUUGGAAUCCUCCUACCUUUGUGAAUACGACUAUGUGAAGGUAGAAACUGAAGACCAGGUUUUGGCAACCUUCUGUGGCAGGGAGACCACGGACACAGAACAAACCCCUGGCCAGGAAGUGGUCCUCUCCCCCGGCUCCUUUAUGUCCAUCACUUUCCGGUCAGAUUUCUCCGAUGAAGAGCGAUUCACAGGAUUUGAUGCCCACUACAUGGCUGUGGACGUGGACGAGUGCACAGAGCGGGAGGACGAGGAGCUGUCCUGUGACCACUACUGCCACAACUACAUCGGCGGCUACUACUGCUCCUGUCGCUUCGGAUACAUCCUCCACACGGACAACAGGACGUGCCGAGUGGAGUGCAGUGACAACCUCUUCACCCAGCAGACCGGCGUGAUCACCAGCCCCGACUUCCCCAACCCUUACCCCAAGAGCUCUGAAUGCCUCUACACCAUUGAGCUAGAGGAGGGUUUCAUGAUCAGCCUGCAGUUUGAGGACAUUUUUGACAUUGAGGACCAUCCUGAGGUGUCCUGCCCCUAUGACUACAUCAAGAUUAAAGCUGGUCCAAAAGUUCUGGGGCCCUACUGUGGAGAGAAAGCCCCAGAACCCAUCAAUACCCAGAGCCACAGCGUACAGAUCCUAUUCCGCAGUGACAACUCGGGGGAGAACCGGGGCUGGAGGCUGUCAUACAGGGCAACAGGGAAUGAGUGCCCCAAGUUGCAGCCUCCUAUCCAUGGGAAAAUCGAACCCUUGCAAACCACAUAUUCCUUCAAAGACCAGGUGCUCAUCAGCUGUGACACAGGCUACAAAGUGCUGAAGGAUAACGUGGAGAUGGACACAUUCCAGAUGGAGUGUCUGAAGGAUGGCACGUGGAGUAAUAGGAUUCCCACCUGUAAAAUUGCGGACUGUGGCACCCCGGCAGAGCUGGAAAACGGAGUGGUCACCUUCUCCACCAGGAACAACCUCACCACAUACAAGUCUGAGAUCAGAUACUCCUGCCAGAGGCCCUACUACAAGAUGCUGCACAAUAUCACAGGUGUAUAUACCUGUUCUGCCCAAGGAGUCUGGAUGAAUGAAGUCCUGGGGAGAAGCCAGCCCACCUGCCUGCCAGUGUGUGGGACCCCCACGUUCUCCCGGAAUCUGUUGGCCAGGAUCAUCAACGGACGCCCCGUCCAGAAGGGCACCACCCCCUGGGCUGCUAUGUUGUCACACCCGGACGGGCAGCCCUUCUGUGGGGGCUCCCUGCUAGGCUCCAAAUGGAUUGUGACUGCGGCUCACUGCCUCCACGAAGUGCUGGAUUCAGAGGACGUAACUCUUCAUCAUUUGGAGUUGCUCAGCCCCUCUGCCUUCAAAAUCAUCGUGGGCAAGCUUCGGAGGACCCAGUCAGAUGAGAAUGAACAGAGUCUCAGCGUCAAACAAGUCUUUCUCCAUCCCCUGUAUAACCCCAACACUUACGAGAAUGACGUCGCUCUGGUGGAGCUGUCGAGGGGCCCGGUGCUCAAUGACUUUGUGAUGCCCAUCUGUCUACCCCAGGGGCCACCGGAGGAAGGAGCCAUGGUCAUCGUCAGUGGCUGGGGGAAGCAGUUCUUGCAAAGGUUCCCAGAGACCCUGAUGGAGAUCGAAAUCCCAAUUGUUGACUACCACAUCUGUCGGGAGGCCUAUGCUCCACUGAAGAAAAAAGUGACCAGAGACAUGAUCUGUGCCGGGGAGAAGGAAGGGGGCAGGGAUGCCUGUGCGGGUGACUCUGGAGGGCCCAUGGUGACACUGGAUAGAAAGAGAGGCCAGUGGUACCUGGUGGGCACAGUGUCCUGGGGCGUGGACUGCGGAAAGAAGGACCGCUACGGAGUGUAUUCAUACAUCUUCCACAACAAGGCCUGGAUCCAGACGGUCACCGGCGUGAGCAAUUGAGUUCAGUUCCUCACCCUCCGCCUCACCUGCCCAUGGUCAGUCAGCAGCAGAGGACAAUUAUCUGAUGCCAGACGUCCCUCACCCUACAUGCAUCUCAUUCAGCCCACCUAUUACUGGCCAAUUAAGGGGACAUCUCAGCCAGCUUCUCACUCUCCUUCAAGAAGCAGAGUAGCAAAGUGAUCAGAACCCAGAUUAUAUCACCUACUAGCUUUGUAACACUGGGCAGGUGACUUCACCUCUUUGAGCCUCAGUUUCUUCAUCCCUAUGAUGGACACGGCCUGCCUUACCUCCUCAGAAAAGUAUGAUGAAGACAAAAUUUAUUUCAUAGCACUUAGCACAGUGCAGGUAUAAACUAAGUGCCCAAUAAAUGUGACUUAGUGGAAGGCCAGUGUGUCUACCAGGCACACUGCGUUCGCUUAUAAAUCCUGGCUGGGCCUUAGGGUUGAUCAAGUGUGUACCUGUCCCCUCAACCUUGACCAUCGCCUUCGCCUGCCCCCAAAUGCUCUAUGCUUCUUUGCUGCCACGCAUUUCCCAACCCCAGUUCCCACCCCUCUCCAUGAAAAGGUGAAAGAGACAGCCUUAGUCUCUGCAGGUCCCACAGUGAUGCACUUACGACUGAGCUGGAUACCGAACUGUGAUAGUGCCUGAGAGAAGUAGAGACAGGGAGGGGGAGACUGGGAACCAGCUCUGCCCCCAGCUCCCUGUGACUCUACGCAAGUCCCUUCCCCUCAUCCCAACAAAGACCCUCGCAGCUCUGACAGUCAAGGAUCCAACAAAGCCAUUUCUCCCUGAUGAGAUGAGUUAAAGCCAAAAUUACCAAAAGGUCAAAAAGGCCCAAUAAGAGCUUUGAAGUGAAAGUGUUAGUCGCUCAGUCAUGUCCAACUCGUCGUGACCCCAUGGGCUGUAGCCACCAGGCUCCUCUGUCUAUGGGAUGCUCCAGGCAAGAAUACUGGAGUGGGUAGCCAUUCCCUUCUCCAGGGGAUCUUCCUGAUCCGGGAAUUGAACCCAGGUCUCCUGCAUUGCAGGCAGAUUCUUUACCACUUGAGCCACCAGAACCCAGUAGAGCUUUGAUGCAGACCAAAUCCUGCUGCUACUGCAACACCCACCCCGUGUACCACACCCUAGCUCCCCAGGAUGUAGCCCAGGCAAAGUGCAAGACUAGGGGCCUUUUCUUAUUCCUAAGCAGAGUCUCUGUUCUAGGUACCCACCUCCUUUUCUUCCUGGGAACCUGGCAUGAGGUAGGCCCUGGGAGGCCAGACUCAGGCCUCUUACUCUCCCUCCCUGUGUCCACAGCUGACUCCAAGCACCGUUCCCCUGAUUCCUCACCCCUGUUCUUCAACCAGAACACACCAGCCCUACAGGGUCAUAAAAUCUUCCCGAGCAGAAUGCCUCUUCCCUUCAGGAGCCACCUUCUCUCUCAGGAAGAUUCCAGGGCCCUCAUCCCCUCCAGAACUCUCAGAGGCGAGCCCUUCAAGGGAUCAGAAGCCCCAAGUCCUGUCUUCUGUUCUGUCUUCAGUUCUGUUCCAAAAUUGGUCUUCAUGGGAGAUUUUAGUUGUUGACCGGCACUGCAGCUGCCGGAGUCAUUCAAGGUCUCUUGCCGGAAGAAGAUACCGAGGAAUGAGAACUUAUGAACACUAAGCCCAAGGCUGAUCACUCAGGGACAGCAACUUACAGCCUGCUUUUGAUUCUCUGAGCAGGUCAUUCUACCUCUCUGCACCCUGCUGGUUGUUCUGUACACAGAAGGUGGCCUUCAUACUCAAUCCCACCAGACAUUUGUCAAGCAAACUGGAGCUCUAUUUUAGACACCAAAGAAGAAUCACAAUGCAAAGUUUUGGAAUGACCCUAAAGCAUUCCAAACAUCAUGCCUGCUCAUUUCACAGCACUGCCUGAGUGCCCCCCCUGUGCCAGGCUGUCAUGACUGCUAUGGGUACCACCAUGAUGAAGGGAACAUGAUUCAUGCUUUCCAGGAGCUCCUGCAGGAAGAACUGACACCUCCACAAGUAUCCACCAUGACAGAAUGAACCCAACCAAGUGCUGUGUGUCAGAACAGCACAGAGGGAAAGAAAGGCUAUUCCUGUAUGCAGGCAUUGGAGGAGGGGACAUCGGGAAAGCAGCUCAGAGGAGACGGUGUUGGAGCUCCACCUUGAAGAAGGUGCGCAUUUCUACAGCUAAGACAAAAGGAGGGCUUCUAGACACAACAACAAGAGCACAUAUCCAUUCUUCUCUCAUAAAAAUGACGUGUCCUGCAGACCAGUGCUCUGACUCUAGAAUCAAAGUCAAUAUCUAGAAUAACCUUUUCCCUUAAAUUCAAGCAACUCUGGGACUUGAAGCAGCCUCAAAAUUUGUGUACAAAUGCCAAUUUCUGGCUGGACCAGUUUAUCUUGUUUAUUCUAAUUGCAACUUCAUCUUUAUCUAAGGGAUGUCUAGAUGUGUUGCUGGACUUUACCUUACCCUUGAUCUAUGAGCAUUUACUAGAUAUACCAGCCCCUGCACUGCUGCGAAGGUCCAAGAAACCCAAAUGUCUCACAAGGUUGUAGAAGCAGAGGGUUGGAGGGUCUGUUAGGAUCAUAUUGUCUAACCCUAUGACCUCAUUCUUGAGCAUAUCUAAAUAUGUGACACUAGCUACCUCCAAAUAUAGCCAAUUUCAACUUCAAAAUGCAGUUUUAUCUCUUAGAAAGGUCUCUCUUCUAUGCAACCACAAUUCACCUCCCAGAGAAUAGUUAGUAUAUACUAUCUGAAGCUAUGAUUCUGUGCCGUGAAUGUUGUUAUUAGCAAUAAUGAUCAUGCCCAAUUUCACUGGAAACAGAAACUGUUGCUCUACAACAUGUGUAGCUGUAACUGCACGUUUGUUCCAAUAAACAUCUGUAUUGCAUC